AUGGCCGGCAAGAAGAUUCCCUACCGCCCGACCGUCCUCCACGGCCACAAACUCCGCCAUCGCAAGCCAUACCACGCCAUUGACUCGCCGGACGCAGGGUCCAGAGUCGUGGAGACUGUAGAGCUGCUGGAGAACAUCCUCUCCCGACUGGAUGUCCACGGCAUCCUGGCCGCCAAACUCAUUAACAAGCACGUCAAGCAGGUCGUAGUGACCUCCCCGAAAAUCCUUCGCUCUCUCGUCCUCUUCGAAUUCAACUCGGCCUCGACCCAAAUGCCCAUCGCUUCUCCAGGAAUCGUUCUGCCCCGCGCGGGAAUAUGGGACGACGACGGAGGAGAGCGUCAACAGAGGCGACCCUUCGCUCACGCCGUCAGCGCUGACGGCGUCCAUCACAUCGCCUACGACCUCCACAACACGGACUGGCGAGCUAGAUCGAUCGUACCUCUGGAGCAGACUCAACUCGAGCUGUUCUUCCUCCCACACAAUACUCCAGUCCGCGUUCAUGUCUUCAACUACCGGCAAAACCUGUCGAUCUAUAAGCGGUGGGCCGAAUUCAUCAUCACGGUCAAGGGAUGUCGACUUGGAGAGCUUGUCGGGUUGGUCACCAAGAUGGGAGUUUUACUGAGCGACAAGAAUGUCCUGGAGCUGACGGCGUUGACGGAGGCAGGCGAGUGGAAGAGGGAGUUGCAGGUGACCGAGGAAGAGAAGCGGUUUUUGGUCAACGAUGGAGAGUUCGCUCUGUCGACUCGUGUUCGUCUCGACUCCGAACAUCCUGAUCUGAGCGAGCAAGCGAUCAAGUGCGCGAGGGCUGCUGGAACUUGGCAGGAGGAAGAGAAUCGGCAGCAGUUGGCGAAGAUUGGGCGGGAAGCGCAGCUCGGUCCGAAGGAUAAUAAGGGCCGCUGA